CGCGGUCGUCGCCCGGAAGGAGUCGUGAUGCGGAUCCGUCAGAAACGGGUCAUGACGCCAGCCACACUAUGUGGAGGGGCGGGUUCUUCCAGUGUCCUCGUAUCUCGUUAUUGGUUGUAAAGGUACCAUUGUGUAAUGCACAUCAAGAAUCGGGCACAUUGUCUGAAAAUGCGCAAAACGGAUUACUCAAUUUCAGGUCGCAAAAGUAUUUAUCGUUAACGGCGUGUUUACGAUAAACCCAGUCGAGUGUGCUCGGACUGACCGUGAGCCACGGAAGUAAAGGAAAGCUUGGAGCACCAGUCAUCUGGCUCACGGAAUUGAUUUUAUUAUUCAAGAUUAUUUAGAUGGAAGUGGACUUUUUUUAACCAGGCUGCUGUUCAGCUGUAGGCUAAUUCACAUCCACUUGGGUCCAGUCCAUCUAGGCCCAAGAAGAGGAUUGGAUGAAUUUAACUAACCCCCAGGCUCCAGUCAUUGGAGAGAAUGGCGCAUGGGUGGGAUUCAUACUUUCACAACCUUCAGCCUGUAUCAUCAGAUUCAAGAGCAUUUAGAGUGUCCCCUGAAUCUGAGGAAAAUCUAUCCGAGGAAAUGGAAAACUUCAUCGAACAUCAUGAAUUCUCCAACAUGGUGGAUUCCCAAGAACCCCCUUCAACAAAUUCAGACUUUAACAUGAAUUUUUACUCAGACUCCAGUAUUACGAGUUCAGACUGUGUUUAUCAACGAUACUACAGUGAUAUGCCAUGGCAAGCUGAUGGACAAGAAACAGUUAAAGAUGGCUUAUCGCAAUGUGGCAACAGCAACAUCUCAAAUUUUGCCACAGAUGGAUUAUCUACAUCAGGGGAUUUUCCCUCUAAUUUUGCAGCAGACCUACAAGACAUUAAACAAGACUGUGGAAUAUUAAAUUCAUCCUUUCUUGAAGACUAUUCAGAUGUAAGUAGCUGCUCUGAAGCAGAUGCCAGUGAAGAAGUAAGGCCAUCGUGUAAAUUUAUGAAAAGUAAUUCUGAUCCCGAAACUAAAACCAGUGAAACUGAUGAUGCUAACAAGGGCAGUCAGUCUGAUUGGCCUUUUACUUCUACUUGUAAUAUGUCAUUUUCCAUGCAGAGUUUGUGCCCUAGUGUGUCAGAGACCUCUUUGGUUUCACAAGAGCGCUCUCUCUCAACAGAUGAGGCUAGAGAAAAGAUAUUUGACUCUGUACAGGACAAGCUUGAAAAUGAGGAAAAUCUCAUAAAAACAUGCGUACAAAGUAAUAAUUCCUGUAGCAGUUCAAAAGAUGUGACAACUUUAGAGAGUAAAAGUAUGAAAAGUAGUCAUGAGCUUGGUGGCUCUCAGGAGAAAAAAGUUUUUGAAGAGAAGAGUGUUCCUGUCCAAAAGAAAGAAAUGGACACUCCUCUUGGCCAUAAAAACUGGAUACAGGAUGUGCUAAAGAAAUAUCCAGACAGCAGUGGGGAUAAUCAGAUGUGUCCAGAACAAAAGAAAUGCCAGGAGACUAUUGCAGUUGCUGCAAAUGACAUCUCUGGAAUUGGCAGACUUGAAAAGGUAGACCAAGAGGGUAAAAUCCAGGAAAAGGAAAGUAAAGAAUCAAAAAAAAAAGAUAAUGAGGAGGCUUUGGAAGAAAACGUGCGCCCAAUUUUGAUCUCCACGGAUGGUCAAGAGAAAAACAAGAGGAAAGAUAAUCAAGAUGAAGAAAUGGAAUCGUCUAUCAAUGAAUCUCCAGAGUUGCCAAAUGUUAAUUUAUCAGAGUCCAAUAGUACUUCUCAAAAGCUUGUGAAAUACACAUGCACAACCGCUGUGAGUUAUGCAGUGAGUGAAAGCGAUAUUGAUAGUUUGGAGGACACCAAUCAAGAUAUAGAAACUAAUUUGGAGUUCUCUGAGAAUCACACCUCUACAGAUGGAUCUCAGAGCAUAAUUUCCAGUGGCCCUCUAGAGGACAGUGACUGUAAUUCGACUUGUCAAAACAAUAAUCCAAGCGUUUCAGAUCAUUUAGAGUCCUGUUUAACAUCAGACAACUCGAGCAUAGCCAUAAACUCUUCCCCAAAAAAUGAGUCAACAUCACCAUCAGAGAACACCAACUUGUCCUCAUUUCUGGAACAGGAAGAGUCUUUGCCACAGAGUCAAAUAACCAUAGAACCACCUGUUACAAGAGGGGAUGUCCCUGAUGAUAAUAGAAAAUCAUUUCAAGAGGGGUAUACAACAUUGGACAAAGGCCCAAAUGCACUUGGUAUGUUGUAUGGUGAACCUCUGUCAAGAGAAAACUCCCUCUGUGAUUCUGAUGAAGAGGGUUCAGUGGCCAGCAAUGAAAAUGAAUGCAUGAAUCAUUUGGAGGUGCAAUCUGCUCAGCUGAAAUCUUGCACACAAAUGAGGAAAUGCUUGCAGCCUAUUGUUAUUUUGAAGACCCUAGAACCAGGGUAUGAGACAGGAGAGGCCUAUUACUGUGCAGAAUGCCAAUACAGCACUAGAAAUGUAGAUCAUCUCAUUGAACACCACCAUUGUAACCACUUUUUGGACAAAUUCCACUUUUGCCAGACCUGUAAAAUCUACUUGGUGGCUAGUGAACAAGCUGGAAAACAUGUGUGUGGUGUACCAGCAGGGCCCCCUAGGUCUAUCUUGCAGAAGAAAAAACCUUCCCUCCACAAUUGCAACUACUGUGGACAUACUUUUUCUAAAUUAUAUCUUUAUUUCCAACACAUGCGAACGCACACAGGCAAAACACCAUUUAAAUGUAGUAGAUGCGGUACAUAUUUUGCACAGAGUAGUACCCUGUACAGACAUAAACAUAUACCUGGUCGCUGUCGUGGCCAGAGACGUACAGUUUCAGAUGCAAAAUCUCUUGCAAUUAGUAGCAAUACAGAAACCUUGCAGAAGGAAUUGGCAUGCGACAGUCAACACACCAGUCCACCUGAAUGUUAUGUGAAGCUCAUAGAUGUCUGUAAGACUAAUGUAUGUCACAUAUGUGGUAAAACCUUCACAACUGCAGAAAAGCUCCAGAAACACAACUGUGAACACAAGGGAAAGAGCGAUACAAUUGCACUCAGUGAGUGUAGCAAGAGUUUUAGUGAAGACAAAAUGGAUAAUACAGGGAUGCAGACAAAAGGAAAGCACAAAUGCCCUCUCUGCCCACGUGUUUUCAAGUACUCUUACAACAGAGCUCGACAUUUGCGUAACUGCAUCAGAGAGUUGACGUAUGGUGGAAAAGGAAAGAUUGGCGACAAAUUUCAGUGUCCCUUGUGCCAUGCUUCUUUCACUUUAACAUCUAACAGACGUAGACAUAUCCAAAACACUUGCCUGAAAGAAUAUUACAAUCAACUUUCCAAGAGGAAGACUGAAUCUAAUGAAACUGAGGAGCAGGAAAAAACAGUCCCUAAGAAAGAGCAUCUCUACAAAUGCAGUCUUUGUCCGGCAAUUUUUCGCCAUCCCUCCGGUAAAUACAGACAUAUGAAGAAACACGAGUUGUUUAAGCUUACUGGCAAAACGGUCAAAUACAGGAAUUCAUGUUUGCCUCCAGUCUCUAAGCAAACUAAACUCAGUAGGGAAAGAACUGAUGAUUGUGAGGAUACCUCAACUUCAGAUGAACCCGGGACAAGCCUGUCCUCCUUUGCUUGUAAAUUUUGUGGGAAACAUUUCAGCUCAUCAUUAUCACUAAAUAAACACGAACACAACCACAAAGAGGAAAAACCUUUCCGCUGUUUGGAUUGUGGCGAAAGGUUUAAAAACCGUGCAUAUCUGAUUGCUCACAAAGCUGUUCACCAGAGGAGGAUACAGUGCACUGUUUGCAGAAAGAUCCUUCCAACCAUCAGCGACUUGAUCCAGCACAGACGGUCACAUCUAAAAAGGGGGAUGCUUCAGUGCCCGGACUGUCCAUUGCAGUUCCAGUACCCUGUAUAUCUACUAAGACAUAUGCAGUCCCACAAACGUGGUGAAGGAAAGGCACGCGAGUUUGAGAAGAAACCACCAUUGAAACCACAACUGUCCUCACAAACUUUGAGUGAACUGAAAGGGCAAAAGUGGCUACAGUGUUCUCUUUGCAAAGAGGAACUUCCUAAUGCCAAAGAACUAAGGAAGCAUUCUCUAAAACAUAUUUCCAGAUCUUCUUCAUGCCAAUGCCCAUUUUGCAAUUGUUACUUCAGUUCUCGGCGUUAUUUGCUUCGCCACAUGCAUAGUCACACUGGAGAUAAACCUUUUACCUGUAAAACCUGUGGAAAACAAUUUUACCGAAAGGUAUACCUUAUGCUUCACCAAGAAAAGUGUUCAGUUUCUGAAUACGGUCAUAAAGUUAGUAAGACAAGUGAAAAGGGUCCAAAAUCAUUUCAGUGUUCUUACUGUCCACGGGUGUUUACAAGGACAAAUCGCUUGAAAAAACACCUUAAAGGCCACAGCUCAAUGACACUGGUAUUCUGCUCAAAAUGUGGGCAAUACUUUGGAAAAACAAAAUUUACACAACAUAAAAGGAAAUGCAGUGGAACCCCAGACACUAAGCGUCCUGGUGGUAAAAGCACUGUGAGAGAAGAUGGCCAAGAAGUCAAUGCAUUGCCCUCGAGGGCCACUGCAACAGGAUCAAAAAAGCUUCAGCACCACUGCCCCCACUGCCCACGAAAGUUCAAGUACAGAUCAUUUCUCUUGAAACAUCUUGGCUCACAUAGUUGUCAGCAACCCUAUGCAUGUAUGCACUGUGGCAAUGAAUUUGACAGCAAGCCAAUGUGUUUGCAGCAUGAAGCUUUUUGUGAUGGUGUUUACAGAGAAGGAGAGUCAAAGGUUCACCGUCCUGACACAUCAAAAUUAUUGAAUGUAUCCAAUUUCAAAGAGACAAAAGAGAAGCUGAAAGCUGAAAGUGAAGGUGAAUACAAGUGCAAAUUCUGUACAAAGACCUUUAUGAAAUCCCGAAACCUUCGACGCCACAUUUUGACACACACUGAAGUUAAGCCUUAUCGCUGUAAAGCCUGCGACAGUUGCUUCUCAAGAUAUGACUACCUUAAACUACAUCAGAUUCGCUGUAAAGGGAAAAAGCAACGACUGGAAGUUUGCAUACCCAAAAUCAGUUUGGAGGAUGUUGGAAAAGGUUGGCAAAACAAGCUUAAACCAGCUGCGGAAAAGCAGGCAUUUGAGUGCAGCCUUUGUUUUAAAACCUUCUCCACUCAGUCUAAUUUAGCUCGUCACUUCUCCAUGCUACACGCUAGAAAAUCUUUCAGAUGCAGCCACUGUGGCAUGUCAUUCAUUCACAAAAAAUCUCUUGAAAGACAUAAGUUCACCAAAUGUAGUCAAAAGUCAGGUAAAACACAUGGUCCCCAGCCAGAGAGAUUUGAUCCACAGACGGAAAAUAUGCCAAAACGCCAUCAUGGAGUAAUAGAUCAUGUUCUGCAGCCUUAUUCCAAUAAAGAAUCGAAGCAUGCCUGUAAAUAUUGCUUUCGAUCUUUUAAAACCACUUGGCAGAUGGUGGUGCAUUCCCGUUUGCAUACAGGGGAGAAGCCAUUUGUGUGUCACAGAUGUGGAGAGAGAUACAUCCGGAAAGAUUAUUUGCAACGCCAUUCAGCCAAGUGCAUCCAAAUGAAGUCAGCGUUAUGUGACCAAUGUGGUUCUAUUUUUUCACUAGACAGUCUUGAAAAACACAAAAAAAGUUGCUCUGCAACGUCAAGCUUGCAGGACCAAAGUCAACAGUUGUCUAUUCGGGGUCCCCCAAAGGGCUUUUCUUGUGCUCAUUGUAAUUCCCAUUUCCUGCUAUUUUCUCAGCUUCAACAACAUUUUCUGAACACACACAAGCAGGAUUCGAUUUUGAGUUCACCUGAGUCUGCUGCUCCACUUCAGCAGCAUUUGUCAAAGAUAGUCAGCAUGAAGAAAGAAGCCGUGGAAAGGAGAGAGGGUAUCAAACAGCAGAGUGGUGAUGGCAACCUAUUGUUUAGCCACAAUACUAGUUUAGACAAUAAAAUACACAAACCCUUUCCAUGUCCUUCAUGCAACAUGCACUUUAUAAAUAAAUCCGGGUUAAGUGGCCAUAUGCGCAUACAUACAAAGCAACUUCCACUGACUUGUAAAAGAUGCAAGAAAGGUUUCUGGAAAGGAAAUCUACUCCGUAAUCAUUCCAGGAAAUGCAGAGGACUUGUAAGUGAUACCAGUAGAGCUCUUGAUACUGUAUCAGUUGCCCCUGUCGCCUCAGAGAUGGAUUUCGUCCUGAAUGAUGCUGUUCUAGUAUUUAACAGAGGUUCUAAAACAACAGGAACAGGAGUUUUGCAGACCAAUUUCUCCUGCAAAGAUGACUCAAAAGACAUACCUUCACAUAAUUCAGGAGGAAACCAGGAGCAAAGUAGUUCAUCUGAAGAACACAAGGCUGUGCAGUACCAGUGUUCAGAAUGUGAUAAGAGUUUCACUGAUGGUUUAAUGCUCAUCAGUCACCUUGAAGACCAUGGAAGACUGGCGCAAGUGAAAAAAGGCAAUACCUGUUUCAAGUGUGGGAGAGUAUGCAACAGUCAAGGAAAUCUUGAAAAACACAUGCGUAUGCAUGGUAUUUAUAAGACACAUUCUUGCCCUGAUUGUCCUAAGACAUUUCUUUCAUCAAAUGAGCUUGUCAUCCACAGAUCAUGCCAUAGCGAAAAUAGAUCAUUUGCUUGCAAGGUGUGCAGUGAGAGGUUUUGGACAAGGCAGUCAUUAAAUAACCAUUACAUUGAAAUGCAUCCAAGUCAGAUUUACACGUGCCAAUUGUGUUACAAAAGCUACUCUGUCAAAAAAUCACUUAUUAGACACUUUAGGGUAAGACAUAAAAAUGAGAAGAUGGAGGAACACAUGGAUGACAUUAUAAAGGAUAAAGUGACUACUGACCAAGAAAUAAGUAUUCCAGUGAAGAUUUCCAGUGAGAGUGAAGAUGUAAGUGAAGUUGGAAAUGAUGGCAGUGAGGACAAUGAUUCGGACUCUGCACCAUACUUCCCCUGCCAUGUCUGUGGCAAAACAUUCCCAACAUCAGAAAGCCUUGAAGAUCAUCAACGAUGUCAUCUGGGAGAAAAACCACAUGAGUGUGCGGAAUGUGGUAAAUGUUUUUUCCAGGCAUCCCAGUUGCAACAGCAUCAACGAAUGCACAAAUCAGAAUUUCAAUGUCAGACGUGCGGCAGAGGCUUUGUCUCUUUGUUCGCAUUGCGCAAACACAAGCAUACCCAUGGAAAGAGCCGUCCGUAUCGCUGCUCUAAAUGUCAGCUCAGUUUUACAGGACCCUCGCAACUUGCAGAACACAUGGCCACCCAUCGUGAAGACAAUUUUCCCUGUGACAUUUGCAAUCGUACAUUUUCCUGCAAGAGCAGUCGAGCAGAGCAUCGGAAAAUCCACUCUGAUUUAAGUGUCAUAUUCCCAUCUGUGACCUCAGAAGAAAGGUCUUCAUCCCCCUUUGAAUGCUCCUCCAAAAUUAUGAAACAGCUGAAAUAUCGCUGUGGGGUUUGCCAUAAUCGUUUCAAAAAUCCAGAGAAACUUUCUGAGCAUGGUUGCCUUGCAGCCAAAGAGCGACCUUAUUCAUGUGCAGAUUGUGAUAAACACUUCCUGCAUGGAUCUCACUUGAGAAAGCACCAGGCCACCCACCAACACUCACAGCCCAAUGAAUAUCAUUGUAAUCGAUGCAACAUCAGUUUUCCCUCUCGUCAGCAGUUCCUCAGCCAUUUAAAGAUCCAUUGUGAUAACACAUCAGAGAUGAAUAGUGCUGCCGAGGAAGGAGGGAAUGCAUGUUUGUUCAAAUGCCCAGUUUGCUACCAGCAUUUCGCCAAUGCUGUUGAAUUGCUCAAUCACUUUUCAGUGCAUUCGGAUGAUAGCCAUGAAUGCAAAUUUUGUAACUUGACAUUUCUUUCCAAAAGUAAGCUUAUGGAGCAUGAGUUUUGCCAUCUGACUGCAGCCACUCAGUAUGAGUGCACAGAGUGUGGCCAGAGCUUUUUGGGAAGUGAUGCUUUCCGCAAGCACCACUGUUCCCGUCAACAGCAUGCAAUUACAGAGAGUGGAUACUCAAAUCAUUCGACAGAAAAGUUGCCUAUCAUUGACAAUUGCCCAAUGUUGGAGGAGGAAGAGGUUGACGUGACGGGGGAGGACUUCCAUAAUUGUCCUGUUUGCUCCAAGCGGUUCUCCUCCAAAAGUGGUCUCUUGGAGCAUCAAAAUAAACAGCACCCAACUGAACAGCCAUUCAAAUGUGAGCUUUGUGGAAAAACCUUUGCACUGAGGAAGUAUCUCAAAGAACAUGAGAAAAGGCAUCGUCAGAAGAUUAACACUCAAAGCAAUGCACAGCUUGCUGUAAAUCAAUUCAAGUGUUCUCAAUGCCCCCUUACAUUUCACGUAGCCCAAGAUCUGUCCAUGCAUAUGAGAAUGCAUUCUGAACAAGAAGUUGGAGAAUAUCGUUGUGAUAUGUGUUACAAGUCAUUUAGCCAUUUGUCUCUUCUCAGGCAGCACCAGGAAAGCCACGUUGGACAGGUUGUGUAUGAAUGUACAGAAUGUGACAAAGCAUUUGCUUUUCCCCACCUCCUGGAGGAACAUCAGCAGACUCAUGCUGGGCCCUCUCUCUGAUUGCUGCUCCGACCUUUUAACCUUGUUAUCUUCACCCUAUAAAUUAGUUUAACUUUAUCUUAAAUGAAUUUUGAACAACUACACUGACUUAAAAUCCGUCCCCUGCCUCAUUGCUCAUUUAGUUAAUCCAUUUUUCAGUCGCCAGAGAAGAAGUCAGAUUUGUAGUAUUGUCAAUCAUCACUGACUAUUUGAUAUGUGUUUUUAUGACAGGGUGUCCAGUUCUGUUUAUUUUUAGUUAUUGUACUGAAAUCUAAAAAAAGAAGAAAAAAAAAGAAAGAAAAGAAACAACCCAAAAUAUAUUUACUUGAUGUUGGUCAUCAUCCUUUGACUUCUAAUACAAAAUUGUCUAGCAUUUUAGAUAGUCUAAAUAUUAAAAAGAAAAUGCAUGAGCAGAAUGUUUAAGGGAUGUUUUUUUAAAGGGAUCCCGUUUUUGAUGUUCUCGGGUGUGACAUUUAUUUUGCAAUGGUCUUUGGUUAAUUUGGUCGACGCUGUUAAGUCUAAAAAUGUAUAGCACUGUAUACUUUGUAAAUAGGUCAUUUCAAUUAUUUGUAAUUUCCAUGAGUAUUGGAUGAUUUAUUCACUCUUGAUGAUUUUGAACACUCUGCCAUGUUCAGUGGCCUUAUCUUGGUUCCAUAAAUUUACGAAAAUAUAUAAAGGUUGCAACAUUUUUUUCCUGUUUUUUUUAGAAAGGCAUUCAGUAUUUUUUAUAGAUAAAAGAUACAGAUGUUUGUGAUGCCAACUUAUGUAUUGUUUCCUAUAUAUAUAUGAUAUGACAGAUGCAUUCAUAUAAGAAAUAAACAAG